AUUUUAUGGUUGUAUAGAUAAUUUUAAAUUUGCUAAUUUACAUAUUUACGUAUUACAUUAUUAAACAUUAAGUCAAAUUUACGUACUAGCAUAAUAAUACAUUUGAAAAUGAACAAUAUAUAUCGAGAAAAAAAAAAAUAGUUUUACUUGUAAUUAAACUUCCGGUGAUGGGUAUUUAAUAAAUGGCGGUGAAAACAAAUUAGUGUUUUAUUAAGAUUUUCAUCGAUACAAUGAAAAUAUUUGAGUAAGUUAUUUGUAAUAUCAUAUAUUAUACGUUAAUAAGAACAUGGAAAUUGUUGUUGGAGAACAUGAUUUUUGAUAAUUAAACACAAUAUCUUAAAUUAACACAAUAUCUUGCAUAAUGACUGCAAAAGUAUAUCAACCGGAUCAAGAAUUAGAAACGAAGGUUAAGAAAGCAACUGAACGUAUAUCUGAGAAUAUGCACAUUGUUGCAAAUGAACCGUCACUCGCAUUUUAUAGACUUCAGGAACAUGUAAGAAAGGCAUUGCCUCCUAUGGUAGAAAAACGUGUAGAAGUACUUGCACUUCAACAGCAACUUUUAGGCAAAUGUUACGAUGUGGAAUAUGCCGUAAGUGCAAUUAAGACAAUGCACGGUGCUGGAAAAAGUUUUGAGAAUACUUUAGAAUUCAUCAAGAAUGCCAUAUUUUUCAAGCAACAAUUGAAGUAUGAAGAACAACGUAGGCACAAAAAAGAUGGAAAUAGAGAUUCUGUGUACAAAAGACUGUCUGCACACAUUCCUACCUUAGAUCAUUUACCAGAUGAAAUAUCUGACGUUGUAAGAGAAACUGCUAACAGAGUUGAGUCUAUGAUGAAUCAUGCCAGAUAUUCCACCGAGGUUCAAAAAACAAAUUGAAUUUAAAAUAAUAAUUCAAUGUACUAAUAUAGAAUAUAUUGAAAAGUAUAAAUGUGAAUAUUGUAAAUAAUUGAUUUUAAUUAUAUACGAUAUUAAUUAUAUACGAUAAGUUUGUUUAUUGUUAUGUAGUUAAAAAGUUAUAUAAAAAAAAUAUAUAAUAUAAAAUAAUUAUUUUUACAUUUUGAAAAAUUAAACAAUUAUUUAUAUUUUUUGUAUAUUUACAAUAUGUUAUUCUAUUUUAUAUAAAAAGCUAAUUGUUUAGUCGAAUCAAGAAUUUAAAAGUUCAAUGUUAUUAAAGUUCUUCAAAGUUUAAGGAGGUGUACACUUGCUUACCAAAUUAUUUGAAUGCUUAUGCUCCUGUUAACAAAUAAAAUUCAUGGAUUAGUCUUUACAAUAUUACAGCAAGUGAAAAAUAUAAGUUUUGAGAAUGUAAUAAUAUGGGUAAAAUUACAAGAAAAUUUAAUGAUGUAUACUAAAUUGAUAAAACAUUAACGUAUCUUUUAUUGGAGUCACAAAAGUAUCCAAAUGUAAGAAUUAUUUUUAUAUUAAUUUGUCUUAAUACCAAGGCCUGCUUUGGCAUAAAUUAUUCAUAGUAGUGUAUGUUUGUAGUGUAUAUGUCUAUCUUUAAUAUACAUAUUUUUUUCAUUUUACAGAAUUUCAAUGAAAUGGAAAUUCUAUAAAAUGAUGAAAAUUUUUAAGUUCUCUGUAGAAAUGUUCAAUAUGCAAAAAGCAUUGUACAAUAAUUGUGUCUAAGCAUUAUUUAUAUUAUUUUAUUGGAAAUAAAAAUCUUUCAACAAACCAAAAACGAAACUUCUAAUCUCAUACAUCCCUAUAUCACAAUUGAGCCGAUUCACAUACAUGUUUUCAGAGUGGGAAGUAAAUUUUAUUUCUCUAAUUGGGCAUUUUUCUUUCUCCAUAUAUGAUGCUCCAUUGGUCCAUCAGCACCAAAAAGCUUAAAUUUAUUAUCAUCCGAGGAAAUAACUUUAUCCCAGAACCUAUUGUCUUUGUCAACAGAGUUUCUUGCAAAGCCUAAUCUUUUCUUUAUGUUUGUCUUGUCAACAUCUGACUUUUUUCGUGGUAUUCUUCCAUGAUAAUCAUUGUUCCGUAAAAUUCUACGACACAAUUCAGCAUGCACAUCUUUUCCAAAGCUGACAGCAAUUAUCCCAGCAAGCUGCGGAGCAGAAAUGUAUGGGUUCUUCCUUAUUUCUUUUAUAACAAGCUUCUCCUCCUUGGAAGUUAAUUUCUUUGGUCGUCCCGUACGAGCAUUGUUCAAGAUACUCCCCUCGUUCUUUGACUUUUUAAUUAUAUAGUGUACAGUUGACUUGCUCCUGUUUAUGUGUUUUGCAAUUUCCUGAUAAGAUUUUCCUUCCUCAUGUAGCUUCACCACCAACUCACGCUCGCUCUUACUGGUUUCUGACUUUUUCAUAGAUUUUCUUGUAGCCAUAUUUAAAAAAAAUUUAUGAGACUAUUAUUAUUCUCCAUGAAAUCCUCGUAUCUUAGCUGUUGACUGAAAUGCAACAAUUACAUUAGAUGAAGUGUUCACUUUAAUUUCUACACGCGUUCAAAUAUUUUUGUGACUUUCGUAAGCUUACGCUUACACUUCUUGUUGCAUUACAGUUAUUCAAACAGAUUUAUUAUCAGAUUUCUACCUAAUUUUACUCACAUAUUUUCAAAGAUUUGUAUCUUCUGUAUGCACGGCGUAAUAUUACAAACCGAAUCUUUUACGUUACGAGUUUUUUGGUUGUUUAGAGCCCGAGCGUUCGGAUAUUUUCAUGAGCAACUACACAGGGACAACGGGAUAUACAAAUUUUGGUAACGUUUGUGUUUGUGAUCUCGUUAGCCCUGUGCAAAAAUGUUAAUAUUUAUUGGGAUGUUCUUCCUUCUCAAAUCGCUCUUUUGUUCGCUAAUUUUGCGCGGGAGAAUAAUCCUGCGCACUCAAGAAAUAUGCUUGACAUCGUUGUAACUUUCCGGCGCUUUCUCAUGUAGCAGCGGCUACAAAUCAUUUCCGAUUGGCCGUAUCACUGAAA